AACGCCGAGCACUGUUCAGUCGCCAUCAAACAGAAUCGAAAACUUGAAACUCUCUUGUGAAAUUUGUGAAGUUUUGUGUAAAGUUCAGCAUGUCUCUGCUACCAUACGUGAUGCGUGAUUUUGUGGACGAUUUCUAUCAUCCGACGAUUUUUGAUGAUCAUUUCGGCCUUCGUCCAUCCAGUCUUCUGAGUUGUGUUCCACUUCAGGCCGGCUAUCUGCGUCCAUGGAGGCUCCUCGACUCUCAAGACAGCGGAAUAUCGAAUAUCGAAGAAGACUCCAACAAUUUCAAAGUGAAUCUCGAUGUGCAGCAGUUCAAACCCGAGGAAAUCUCUGUGAAAUUGUCGGACGACAACAUUGUGAUCGAGGGCAAACAUGAGGAACGCAAAGACCAGCACGGAUUCAUUUCUCGCCAGUUUUGUCGUCGCUACAAGUUGCCCGAAAAUGUCGACCUGCAGAAGUUGGAGUCUCGCCUGUCAUCGGACGGAGUGCUGCAGCUGAUCGCUCCCAAAAAGAUCGACGAAUCCAUCAAGAACAACGAGCGACAAAUUCCCAUCAAGCACACCAAUCAGCCAGCCAUCAAGCAGAAACAACCAUCUUCCAACAAGCAACAGUCCGAAGAGAAAAUGGAAGCGUAAACUUUAAUUCAACAGGUAUUUUACAGACAGUACAACAGUAUUUUUCCGUAUUAAUUUGAAGACUGAAUGUAACUACCUCA